CAUCAUCAGCCAACUUUAUCUUGAAUCUUAUUGAAACAGGACUGAGGAAAGUAAUUGAAAACCGAAGAAAACAUUAAGGAGACGCUCAAGGAAUAGUGGUCAAGAUGUUGAUCACCAUGCUAACAGCCAUGUAUGUGAUGGUCAGAGUCGUAGAAUCGAUAGGGGUACGUUUUGCACGGCAACAGGACCCUUUGCCUUACAUGGUGUCCCAGCCUUUGCCUUGGCAGGUUCACUCAGUGUCACACAGUCGGAGGAGCAGCAAAGUUGAUGAGUUUGAUGGCUUCAGGAGGAACAGCAUAGGCGUGUAUAGAAAGAACUAUGUCUCCAUGGCUAUUGCUACUGCCUCUCUGGCUAUCCCAUGUGUCCUGUCGUGCUCAGACUCCAAUGCCAGCAAUGGGACGUGCACCACACCUGUUCCUCCACUCAGCCCUGUUGAAGUUGAGAAGGCCGCUGCCACCAUCCAGACCCAUUUCAGGAAGUUCCAACAGAAGAAACACAAGAAUGGCAAGUAGAUGGACCGGGAAGAGGGAUGCUGGUGCUGGUGCUGCAAGCCUGAGAGAAAACAGGAAGCAGGUGGAACGAUGUGGAUUCACCAAAGGACGGAUGAACUCUGUAAUGAUACACACAAAUGCAUAUACUCAUAUGCAAAUGUAUAUACAUUUAAACUGUAUGAUAAAUAAUACUUGAUCCUAGAUUAGUGACACAUUAUAAACACGAUACAGUAAUAGCUCACAUCUCAAAUAGCUUCUAAUAUUCUAUUUAAAAGUCUAAGUGAAAAAUACAUGUUAAAAUACUGUACAUCUGAAUGAGUGAUUAGUUUUGAUGUGCUGUGAGGGACUGGGUGCGUGAGUGGC